UCAAUUUUACACCAUUUCCAUAUGAAAAUAGGUGUAGUUAAUUUUAACCAAAUUGAAGUGUAGUUCAGCACUAUUGAGAUUAAACCACAACCAUGCAAAUCGCGCUUGCACCGCAAAGAGUUAAAUUUCUCAAAACAGAGUGCAACAACACCAUACAUAUAAGAUUUCACUUACCAUGGAGUGCAUUCAACGACAAGCGUAAGCAUUUAUGGCAGGUUUGUUAUUUUGUUGCCAGUCCAAUUAUUAAUAGCGUGCCGUGAGAGUUAAUCACUUACAGAAUUUUUUACUCUUAUGCUUAUACCAAUUAAAGAAUUAUCUUACCUAUUGAUUACUCUGCAUAUAGUGUGUGAAUAUGUUUGUUAAAAUCGAGUUUAACAACAAUUUGAAGUGGAUUUCCGUUAACGUAGACGAGGCAACAUAUCAAACUUUUAUUUUGCAAGCUAUGCAAAAGUUCAAUAUCAAUGAUGUGGAUCCGAAUGAUGUGAUACUGUGUGACACAUCUGGAUGCCAGAUUGAAAACGAUGAUUUUGUCGAUUUCUUAAAAGGAGUAGAAAAGGGUUUUAUAUUUCGCAUUGUAAAUACUCGAAUAAAUACUGGUGCUGAUGCCAAUCCCUCUGCUCCAAGUAUUUCCAGUUCCAGCUCGACGAUUUCAGAGUCGACUACAAUAACUUUGAGUAGUGAAGAUAUAGUUACUAUCAACGAUUUGCAAGGAUUUAUUGUACCAACCUCGGUACCAAGUAGUUUUGAUAAAGAGGAAGCAUUUUAUAACCCCGACGAGCGAUCUGGGUACAUAGAUUGGCGUUUGAGAACUGUCAGAAGAUCUUCAAAAGAAAACAGGCCAGAAAUACCACAGAAAAAACCAAAACUGAAUGUUGAAGAGAUAAACCUUGAUAAUUUCCAAGAGGACAUUGACUAUUUAAAACACACCCAUCCUAAAGAUCCGGACCUAAUAGAGAAGUUCAAAGCGACAUUUUUGGCUAGACGAAAACUUUGCAACGAGACUAACAUCUUUCAAGAAUUUCCUAGGUUUUUAGACACUCCUGGACUGAUAUCUUUGGAUUUUGGAUUGCUGUAUCCCAACAAUGACUGCAUUAAUCUGGAGUUGCAAAUUUUGAAUAUAUCGGAAAAAGUUAAAAAUAUUUAUUGCAAUGAGAUAAACUCCGACAAUGAAUACCUAAAUCAAUUUGACGUCACAACUAAAACUUUGUUUAUGUUGAUCAAGUUGUUGCCAGCUACAUCCAAGGGACGCAAAAAGGCGGUGAACAGGGAAUCACUGCCAGAAAUUAGUAAAAGGCUUAUUGUAUUUAAAAAGAACAGUGAAUCACUCGAGGAAAUAAUUACUGCCAAAAAAACUAAUCAACCUUUUUUAAUCGCUUCUGGAUCUUCAGAGAAAGCGGUAGAUUACUACACUAUAUCGGUAGAUAAUAAGGUACUUGCGGUGGAAAGCAUUACUAAUUCUGGGCAAGCUUUUGACCUCCUUUUUAAAUCGUUUUUCGUUUUUAAUUUAACUUAUGACCCUACACUAGAAAUUUUCUAUAAAUUCAUUCAAGUGUUUUUUUACGGUAUAGACGAUAUUAAAAUCACGCCCAAUAUUAGAGAAUUGCGAUCAAAACUAUUAGCGCAAUAAUAAAUCUCGCCUUAUAAGCAAAUGCUAGUUUAUUUGAUUUUUGAUUUACUUAUUCCAGUACAAUGCUGGUUUGUUUUAAAUGUGCCAGUAAUUUUGAAUCUUUUCAAUUAUUGUCAAAGCAUUUAAGAAAACAACACUGUCUCUAUGAAAAUUUAACAAAUUUUGAACUGAUUUGCACUAAGUGCAAAUUAAAGUUCUAUACCUACUGCGGUUAUAAACGUCACACUCUUAAUUGUGUUGUAAGUUCUGAUAAUUUGACAGAAGUUUUCGAUACUGUAACCCAAGUUAAUGAUAAUGUACAAGUUCCUCUUGUACUACCUGCCGGAGUUGAACAACUGCAAGAUGAUAUACAUACUGCUAAAUGUGAAACUAAUAGUAACGUUACUGAAAUAUUUGACAAUACUGCAUCGAACUUUGAUUUUAAAGAA